GGGCCCCCGGCUCAGCUGCUGCGGUUGUGGUCCGGCCCCUCCCCCGCCCCGCUCGGCCGCUCUCAGGCCGGCGCUCCGCCCCGCACCGGGACCGGGGACGCCGUGACCCCGUCCUGCGGCCCGCCCGCGCCCGAGCAUCCCGAGACGGCGCUGCGCUCCGCGUGCGGACCGUGUUGAGUUCACAAGACCGCGACAUAAACAUUGAGGCCAGGGAGGAGGCGAAGGGGAUCUUGCACUCCUUUUAAAAACCUCAAACAUGGGAAAGUCUCUUUCUCAUUUGCCUUUGCAUUCAAAUAAAGAAGAUGGUUAUGAUGGGGUCACCUCGACAGACAACAUGAGGAACGGGUUGGUGAGCAGCGAAGUCCAGAAUGAAGAUGGAAGAAAUGGAGAUGUCUCUCAGUUUCCGUAUGUGGAAUUUACUGGAAGAGACAGCGUCACUUGUCCCACUUGCCAAGGAACAGGAAGAAUUCCUAGGGGGCAAGAAAACCAACUGGUGGCAUUGAUCCCAUACAGUGAUCAGCGGUUACGGCCAAGAAGAACAAAGCUGUAUGUGAUGGCAUCUGUGUCUGUCUGCCUGCUCCUCUCUGGAUUGGCUGUGUUUUUCCUUUUCCCGCGAUCUAUUGACGUGAAGUAUAUUGGCGUAAAAUCAGCCUAUGUCAGUUACGAUUUUCAAAAGCGAACCAUAUAUUUAAAUAUCACAAACACACUAAAUAUAACAAACAAUAACUAUUACUCCGUUGAAGUUGAAAACAUCACUGCUCAAGUUCAGUUUUCAAAAACGGUUAUUGGAAAGGCACGCUUAAACAACAUAACUAACAUUGGCCCACUUGAUAUGAAGCAGAUUGAUUAUACGGUACCCACAGUUAUUGCUGAGGAAAUGAGUUACAUGUACGAUUUCUGUACACUGAUCUCCAUCAAAGUACACAACAUAGUACUCAUGAUGCAGGUAACUGUAACAACGACAUACUUUGGACACUCUGAGCAGAUAUCUCAGGAGAGGUACCAGUAUGUCGACUGCGGAAGGAACACCACUUACCAGUUGGCCCAGUCUGAGUAUCUCAAUGUACUUCAGCCACAACAGUGAACUCUGAAGGAGAUGUGAUAGAGCAGAGGACACCCCUGAGGCAUUUCCAGAACUGUCAGUGAGGAGGCACUGCCUAGAAGGACAUCUUGAAUUGGGCAUGUCUAAAGUUGAAACUAGAACACUGAGGGUUCAGCCAACAGAAGCUGCUCCUUAAGCAGUUACUGGACUCUGGUUCUGUGUCGAGGAUUUGCUCGUACCAAGAGCUUUUACUUGAUCGUAAGUUAACUGAUUGGCUUUCUUCUCAUCUUUGUUCCCAAGGUGAAAAAACCGGAGACUUCCUCUAAAUACAAUAAAGAAUUACACAAAAGUCAUAGACUUAAUCUGUAGCUCUAUUGAUAAUAUAGUUCAGUCAUGAACGUAAUUUGAAAAAUAAUUCUGAAGAUUUUUAUAUGAAAUUACUGAAAGUCUAUUAUUCAUGGAAGACUUUUAAAAUCUAACCUGUUUUAUAAAUUCCCAUUCUUAUAUGAUGGUAGUCUUUCGACUAUAUGAUAACUUAGCUAUUAGCUAAAUGUUUUUAGCCUUUGAUUUGUUGAAAUUCUACUCAUUUGCAUGUUUUGUCUUAUUUCUAGCUAAUGGUUGUAUAAUAUUUACCAACCAUAACAGUCUGCACAAUUCUGGUCUACACUUUUUAAGAGCCUCUCAGUAUGUGCUUCAUGUAUAUAGCUUUGUGAACUUUCUGUGUGGUCCCCAAACACACUCCUUUUUUGUGUACAAUAUUGUAAAUAAACUGCAUGGCUUUUAUACAGCUUUGAUAAAGGUCAAAUGAAAUGGUACUGAUUAAGAAGUAAAGCAAGUUGUUCAUAAAGAGUAAAGGAGGACAAUGAAAUUCAGAAAUAUAUAAAAUAUCAGUAGAUUCCAGCUACUUGUUGGGUCUGACAUAAAAUAGAUAUUCAAUAAAACAUUUUGAUGCUUUACUUUUAUGUUGCUUUUCAUAUUAAGAAUUAUAUGGAUAUUUUCACAAUGAUUAGAUAUCAUCAAUUUUAUGAAUGCUAAAUGGAAGGAAAUUAUUUUUUACUACAAAUUAUUCAAGAAAUCCUUUCAUUGAACACUGGUGGCUACAUCAAAAUAAAACCUAUAGUUUGCUUGUAUAUCAUACUGAUUUGAUACUUCUAGCAGCUGCAUAAGUAUUCCUUUUUUACUUUAAUUUCAUCUAACAUUGUUUUCAAGUAUGAUGGAUGUGUUUGCCUUGUGGCUUACAUUUUCAGUGUCAUAUUCCAUAAGGUGUUUUUCCUUAUUCACUCAGAAAAUUCUAAGACCCUUUUAAAAUAUAUAACACUAACCAUAGGAGCUAAGUAUGAUAACAGGUUGAUUUUUUUUGUUUGUUUUUUUUCCUCGUGACAGAAAUUGGGUUUUCCUUUUCCCAUAUUCAAGUGCCUACCUUAGUUGCGUGUAGUUGCGUGUAGCCUAUUUGUCAGUGUGGCUCUUAAGUAUGAAACAUAGAUUCUAAUGACUUAAUCUUGUCCCUUAAGCACACUCAUAUCUCCCUUAGCUUUCAUACCAUAUUCCCCAUGUGAGUGAACAUUUCAAACAUCCAUUUUUUUGUAUCUUGCAUUCCUCAGGCGUUAUGAGGUUAGCAUCCUUUCUGUCAUACCCAGAUCAUCCUUUGCAUCAUUCAGUCUCUAAUCAAACCAGUCUUCGUUGGAAGUUUUCUUUUGCUGUGCUUGCUGGUCACCUCCCACCCCCCCCCACCCCCCCACCCACCCCCCACCCGUUCAUUCUCCUUCAGUCCCCCCGUUCAUUCUCCUUCAGUCAGCACACUGGUUGUGCUUACAUUUUCCAAAUUAAACUCACGUCAUUAUCUGUAUUCUCUCAUUUUGACAUAACCAAUGUCUGUGAGUCAACUGCUUUUCCUUUUUCUAGAAGUGUUUAAUCCUAUUACUUCAAAAUCACUAGUUAGACCUCCAAGCCUUGUGUCUUCUUGACUAGUAACUAUGUAGUUUCAUGUUUACUCAGUUAGCUUUCAUAAUUAAUGAUUUUUCUAUGUGUAAAAACAAAAUGUAAAGAAAUCUUUUAAUGAUUUCUCUUGUGCUUUUUCCUAUUCUUCAUGCUUCAUUACAUGGUGUGCAAAAUCAUCAUUCAUUCAUUACUUCAAAAUCAAUCUUUACAUAUGGCUCAUAUAAUAAUUUGUUUCUUCAGUGUGUAUUUUAGUCUGGGAUAGCACUGUGUAAGUGAGGAAGUUUGUUUUCACCUUCUUCUAGAGUACAUGUGUAAGGCCUGAAGAGGCAGGCCAGUGCAGCAAGUGGAAGUGCACAAAGUGAAGCAACUUUGUGCCCAGUGACUCGGUUUCAAAAUCUUUAACUCUUUAAAUUGAAAAUUCGAUCGCAUCUACACAUCUAGGGUUGAUGUCUAAUUCUGAUGAUGUUUGAGUCAUAAAAUAAAAAAAAAAAAAAAAACACCUUGGAAUUUAAACCCAAGUAAAAGAUAAAAGGAAGAGAGAUGUAGAUUCCUUGUGACUAUUCAAGGAGAAUCAAGUAACUCCUGGGUAAGCCAGGGUGGUAACAAGCUGUAAGUUAAUAAAACUAAACUAAAACAAACAACAACAACAUUUUUAGAGAACCCAAACAGUAGCCAUAAAAACAUUUGAAAGAAUGAAUGAGGCUUUAACUUUUCUUAGGUCAGUGCUGAGUCUGGCUUCUGGCAUGGAGAAAGGGUAGGUAUUAACAUAUUUUUAUGAGUACCUCUAUAACUUAGACUGGCAUAUGAUGAAGACAGUACAUGCUUUCAGAAGCAAAUUCUGUUUUACCCUGAUCCAACACUGCCCCGGCCUCACAAUAUCCUGUACAACACACUGGCUGCUGCUUUCUGUCUGCUUUUCUUAUGUGAUUUCUCAGCAGGGUACUGAGAGGAUUGCUUUAAAAUUACAGACUAGUACAUACUUACACUGCAGCCAGAACUAGGUUCUCUGUCUCAUAUUUGUGCCCUAUCAUUUAAAAUAUCCAUCAGAAAGCCAUGGUAACUCGGUUUAAUGCAAUUAGAAAUCAGAAGUGGCCAGCAAAAUGAUUCAGUGGAUAAGGAUGAUUACCACAAAGCCUGAUGACCUGAGUUCAGUUUCUGCAUCUCACAGCAGCAGGAGAGAACUGGCUUCUGCAAGUUGUUUUCUGAUGUCCAUGCACACACAGUACCACAUGUAUAUGCACACAUGCACAUACACACACACACACGCACAAAUGCAUGUGAAAAAUAGAAUAAAAAUUCUUGAAGUUAAUAGUGAUGGGCUAAGAUGUUGGUAACUUUGAAUUGCUAUCUGGAAUAUUUCUAAAAGUAAACUAAACAAUGUAGAAUACUUUAGAGCCAAUCCUGGAACUUAAUUUUUGUGUUAAUGUUUAAUACUUUUUCAAUAAUUCCAAUAAAAAUAAAACUGGCAUUUUCAGUGUGAAUUAUUUAUAAAUAAGACUAUUACAUUUGAGAUUUGAAAUACAGUGUGAAAAUAUUAGACAUGAGAUAAAUUCCUUGAAAUUGCUUGAAAGACCAUCUGACUGAGAUAUUUAAUAAAAUAUAACUUUAUUUUGUGUUCA